GAGUUUAUUUCUGCCGCCCGUUCGCUUGGUUGCCCACAGAAAGCAGAAUAUAGUAGAGCUCCGCGGUCGGAACCAGGGUUUUAGCAGCGCAGGGACGAUGGUGAGGCUAACGGCGGACUUGAUAUGGAAGAGCCCUCACUUCUUCAACGCCAUCAAAGAGCGCGAGCUUGACCUCCGCGGUAACAAGAUUGCGGUCAUGGAGAACUUGGGCGCCACCGAGGACCAAUUUGACACCAUCGAUCUAUCUGAUAAUGAGAUUGUGAAGCUUGAAAACUUUCCUUACUUAAAUCGUCUUGGCACUUUGUUGAUCAACAAUAACAGAAUUACUCGUAUCAAUCCAAACAUUGGAGAGUUUGUACCGAAGUUGCACACUUUGAUCCUCACGAACAACCGUCUGGUGAACUUAAUGGAGAUCGAUCCCCUUGCAUCUCUUCCAAAGCUGCAAUUUCUUAGCUUACUGGAUAAUAAUAUUACAAAGAAACCAAAUUAUCGAUUUUAUGUGAUUUACAAACUGAAAAAUUUGAGAUUGCUUGAUUUCAGGAAAGUGAAACAAAAGGAGAGGACCGAAGCAGAAAGAUUAUUUGCGUCCAAAGAAGCAGAAGAAGAGGCAAAGAAAGUGCCUGCAAAGACAUUUACUCCAAGUGAGGUUCCAGAUGUACCGGACACUUCAAAAGUAGAGCAGGCUCCACCUAAAGUUGCCCCCACUCUAGAACAAAUUACUGCUAUUAAGGCUGCAAUUGUGAAUUCACAAACUCUUGAGGAGGUUGCAAGGCUUGAAAAGGCUUUGAAGUUGGGCCAAAUUCCCGAAGAGUUUAUGAAUUUGGGCAAGGAAGCAACAACUGCAUCAGGGGAUGCAGUGGUUGAUGGGAUGGAUACAGAUGAUCAGAAUGAAGUAACUGAAGCUCAAGAACAAGAGCAAAAUGAAGAGGCUCAACCAAUUGAACAGGAUUAGCUGCAGCCGUUGCUAUCAUCAAGUAGUUAGAUCGUUCUCCUGGAAAGUUGAUAAUUUUGAAGGGAUUAUAUGCUCAUCCUCUGUAUUCUACGGAAAAAAGGUCAACAUGUUUGAACAGAGACGGGUGUGCUAUGUUUGGGUAAUGCAAGAUGGAGUAAAAGGCCUUUCUGUUAUUAAAACCACAAAUGCUGUUUAAAUUUUUUUGCGGCUCAUCAGGAUGAAACUUGUUAUACUAUGCUCGACUGAUUUCAAUUUGUGCUCCCGCAUACCUUUUUGUUGUGUUUAUUUAUGGUAACAAUGUUAUAGCCAUGCUUUCAUGUGAA